AUGCCUCUCGCAGUCCUCCCCGCCCUCGUCGAGGACAUCCCGCGCGUCUACGACGUGCAGUUCGCCGCCUUCCGAGACGAGCCCAUCAUGCGCUUUCUCUACCCCAACGGCGUCGACCGCGAGCUCCACACCAAGGGCACCGUCGAGUGGUGGAACCACGACCGGAUCGGGCACACGGUCAAGUGCGUCGAGACCGACACGGGCGAGAUCGUCGGCAUGGCCACCUGGGAGAUCUACUGGCGCCCCGGCGAGGAGAACGCCUACCAGAAGCCCGACGGCAUCCCCUGGCUCACCGGCGACGACAAGGUCCGCUGCGAGCGCAUCCUCGUGCCCAUGUGGGACAUGAGAGUUAAGUUGUUCGGCAAGCGGCGGUAUAUCUAUCUGUCUACCAUCGCCGUGGACCCCGACCACCAGAGGAAGGGAAUCGGUCGUAAGCUCAUGCAGUGGGGUGCCGACGUCGCGGACCAGCUGGAGCUCCCGAUAUACACCGAGGCCUCGGAUACGGGCUUCUCGUUGUACUCGAGCGUAGGGUUCGAGAGGCUGACGCACGUGAAGCUCGUCCACUCGGCGGAAGCGCGCGGGAAGGACGAGGCGGCGGAGGUGCCUCUGGUGGUGAGGAUGCCCAAAGCCGCCGGGGGUAUCAGCUUCAAGCGGUGGUCUGACGCGGGCUUUCCGAAAGAUUUCAACGUACACGGCAAUGGUGUCUCGGCAUAA